AUCUCUCGGUCGAACUGUAAGCUGCUGCUGCUGCUAGAAUAAUUUUGACUGCGAAAAAGAAGGGUACCCUCUAUGUUGUGGUUUUGGGAGUGUUUUAUUGGAAGAAUGAUUUUUCACAUUUUUACACCGGAUUUUGGGCCCUCAAAAGUGGACCCCGUUGUUGUGACCCCAAGGAUUGAUUGAUUGCGAAUUGUUUCGGGUGGAAAAGCGGGUACUGAAGUGCAUUAAAGGGCGAGUGAAAAUUCGGUGGAAAAACAAUUUUUUUUUCGGUAACACACAAUCGAGAGGGCCAACCAAUCGGUCGUCGGUUCGGUUUGGUUUGGUGGAAAAACGACGAAAUAAGCGAAGGUUUUUCCUCCUUGUUGAAGAGGCUGGCACAAAAGAUAUAAAUUUGAUGGGGAGUGCCAGUGUGGAGCAGCGAGGCCUGAAAGGGUCUGUUGACGGGGGGACGAAAAGGGCGAAUGUUGUUCGCUGCUGCUGCUGCUAGUUGAGAGUGCCAGAUGAAAAGCAGCAUAUUGUGUUAUUGGAGGGUGUCCAUUGCCAAGUGAUAGUUUUUUGUACGUAUGUAUCAUUUCUCUAAUCCGGUUUUCCCUUCAAUAAUACGGUUGAUCAAGGCGCUAGGAUGAAAAUAGAAGGGAGGAAAAAUAAAAUAACCAUGCCGCUGCCUCUGGUGGAAAACUGAAAGGCUGUAUAUGGAAAAUCGUUUCUAAUUUAUACACGGGUACAUGUGCGACAAUAAGUGGAAGUAGAAGGAAGGAAGGAGGAAAGUAGAAGAAGAAUCGGAAACAGCAUAAGUAUAGUGACAGUGGAGUGCAGCCAUCCCCAACAUACCCCCUUCGUUCGAUGAAAACCCCAAAAGUGGCCACCCGUCGUCGUUGUUCGUUGUUGUUCUUGUUGUUGCUGCUGCCGCUGUUGGAUUUUCCCGUGUGUUUUUGCUGCACUACUGCUGCUGCUGCUGCUAAAUCCCCACCCCUCCCGAGAGACUUAAAGGGGGAGCCCGAGCCCCACGUCCUCGUCCUUCGCCGUUCAUUGUGCUCCUUCGUCAUUGUGCCAUUCGCCGUUUGUGCUGUGCUGUGACUAUUUUCCGGGCGUUUCAAUCGAUCAACUUUUCAACUACCCCACUACCGAUACUAUUUUUCCGCCUCGUCUAAAGAUGACAAAUCGGUCGAGGCUGAAAAAACGCCACCAGGAUUAGUCUGCAAAUGUGCUGUCAGGGGAUAGGGAAAAAAAUUGUGCCAGUGAUUGAAAAGUUUAAGCCGCAAGUCCGGCUGUUCCGUGUGGAUGAGGAGGAUUAUCAUUUCCUUUAUUCCAUUCACACACGCCCACGCAUUUGUUUCUAAUUCCUGGAAAAUGGAGAAGUGAGAAAAAAAGGAAGCAUACGGAUAAAUAUUGUCCCUUCACACAAAUCUCGUGCUUAGCCACAUCACACCGGUCGAUCUAAAACGGCACCGAGAGAAGAAAGAAUAAAGUGAAAAAAGAUAAAGGAAACGUGUUCAUUCAAGAAGAAAAAAAAACAACAACCAACAUCUUGUGAUAGAGGAAUAAAACAAAAAUUAACACAAGGAUUUCAGUGAGGAAUACCAUCGUCGUCAGCAGAAGGAAAAAAAGAAAACGGAAACCCACAAGAACCAAACAUGGAUCAAUGCUCGAGACUUAUGAUGUUCACAUUAGGCAGUGCGCUAAUCCUGAGCUGCUGUUUAUAUAAUCCAGUGGAAGCUCAACUGCGGCCACGCAUACUGGAACACCCGGCAGAUGCGGUGGCGGCCAAAGAAGAACCCCUAACCCUGAAUUGCAAAGCCGCCGGUCGACCGCCGCCGGAAAUAACCUGGUAUCACAAUGGGUCCCCGCUGGGUCCUUCAGAUCGGCGGGUUAUCCUACCCGAAGGAUCCUUGUUCUUCCUGAAAGUCAUGCAGAAUAAGCGUGAGCAGGAUGCCGGCGUCUACCAUUGUGAGGCGCAGAAUUCUGCAGGAGUGGCCGUUAGUAGAAACGCGACGCUUCAGAUAGCGAUGCUCAAGGAUGACUUUCGGGCAAUUCCAAAGGACACAGUUGCCCUAGUGGGGGGUCCAGUGAUACUCAACUGUACGCCACCUAGAGGGAUUCCGGAACCAUCAGUCCUAUGGUUGAAGGACGGUAAGCUGCUCGAUAUAAGUGGCAAGCGCCUGUCGAUGGUUGAUUCGGGUAGCCUCAUGAUCUCGGAAAUACAACCGAAUGAUACGGGGAAGUACGAAUGUUCAGCUCAAAGCAUGGCUGGAACAAAAACGACGCCACCUGCUCAUUUGAAAGUUUUAGCUCCUCCAACGAUCGUUAAAAGUCCUCACGAUACAGAAGUGCUGGAGGGCGAAGGGUUCGAUCUUCCAUGCGAAUUGGCAGGCGAUCCUAAGCCAGUUGUUACGUGGCGUAAGGAAAGUGGACGUCUUCCGGAUGGCAGGUCCCGAAAACUAUUGGACAAUACUUUGCGAAUAGAAGAUGCCCGGCAGGAUGAUGAGGGCAAGUAUAUUUGCGAAGGUCACAAUGAGGGCGGGAAUGUUACGAUCUCAGUCUAUCUGUACGUCUACGAGGCCCCAACAUUUAUGGAAGCUCCAGUAGACGUAGUCAUCAGGGAAGGAGAAGGCAUUACAUUGCCAUGUCGAGCCAAAGGUCGACCAACGGUUCGAAUAUUCUGGGAUCGAAUCGAUAAGACCCAUAUAGAUAACAGUGGAAACAAAUCGAUAACGGCCCAAGCACAAGUUGCGCACAAACCGGCGGAGAAAUCGAAAAGAAGUGUUUCGUUCAAGCCACACGAUAGCCACAUCCGAUCGUUUGCUCCGGAACCGAUCAGCAAUUGGUCGAUCAAGAUCGAACCUGUCUCCGAGAAACAACUCUUCCACGUGGCAGCUUCCCGAACGCAUUUAUUACGCAACAAACGCGAAUCGGUUGAAUCAACCAUCGAAAUGGAAGCGAUCUCCAGUACCAUUCCGUCGAUGCUCAGCAACAGUAUUAUCCACUUUGAAGAUAAUGGUGGACUUACGCUUAAGGCCGUGAGUAAAGCAGACGAAGGUUGGUACGCUUGUGCAGCUAUUAACGAAGCCGGAAGUAUUGUUAAAAAGAUAUUCAUUAAAGUACUCGAUAAGGACGAAUCUCUCGAGGCGAGAAAGGAGCAAAUUCAUACUUACGAUCAGAGUCGAUGGGUUAGCGAGCAGUUUAUAGUUCUGAACAAUGUGUUCACGAUAUCGGCUAGCUCGAUCGGAAUCUCCUGGGAUGUUACGGAUAGUGCGACAAAAAUGCCACUUCGAAUGUACUAUCGAGUGGCCCACGAGCCAAUGGUAAACUUCAUCUACAAUUCCACUUUCGAAAGUCAAGUGACCACAAGCAAUCUGAAAGAGUUCACCCUCAACGAUCUGCGACCGUUCACCGAGUACGAAAUUUUCGCUAGCAUUCCUGAAGGUUUAUCUGGAUCGGUGUCCAACAUUAGACGCGGAAGAACCCUCGAUGGACCGCCAUCUGCUCCUCCAACGGAAGUGAGAGUUGGAGUAAUAAAUACAACCGCUGCAUUCGUACGCUGGUCUCCACCACCGGUAAACCUACUCAACGGGGAACUCACUGGUUAUAAGAUUCAAAUCAAGUCCAAUACCACCAACAAGGUGCUGGGGCAGAUGGUUCUGAACUCGACUACCCAAUCGGUGGUCAUUAAUAGCUUGACACCGGGAGCAACCUACAUUGCCAAAGUGGCAAGUCUGACGGCUGGUGGAAUAGGUCCUUACAGUUUGCCAACUCCACUUCACAUGGAUCCUCAAAAUAUAGUUAGGUCCGACCCCACUCCAAGCUAUUGGAUGUCUUCCUGGAUGUCUGGGACGGCGUUAGUGAUUUUAUGCGUGGGUCUGAUUGGUGGCGCAGUCUUUGCCAUCUUUUGGACAGUUAGGAAGAAGCAAAGCGUGAAGGCAUCCUACCCGGGACCAUCGGUAACGACGAUUAUCCCAGAUAAGCAGCAUACACUGUGGCUGCAUGGAAAUACGCUUGUGAAGCCUUCCCAUUCGCUAGAUCCUCCAAGUACUUCAGAGUAUGCGGAGCUAACGAACAACACCCAACAGAUGAAGAGCAACAAUUGCAUUCCGCCAGAACCUUACGCCACAGUAACGUUACAGCGCGGAGGAACGAUAUCGGAGGAGUCUUGCAUGAAGUGCGCCAACAGUCCAGUCUCGAGUGAGUACAACGCUCCGAUGCGGGAGCCAAUCAACAUAUCAGACGUACUGCCACCGCCCCCAGAUCAUCCCUAUGGCACAUAUCGCCCACCGACUAGCAUGACGAUCCGGACCAAUCCAGCUGCCCUGUCGCCACAAAUGAUGCGCAAAAACCACCCGCCUCCACCCAUGCCGAAUCGGUGGGACACCAUGCCGCCGCCAAUCCCAAGCUUCCCCCAAAACUGGAUCCGCCCAAGGCAUAUGAACCCGGCGUUGACCAUGAACAAUGCCGAAAUGUACACGGAAAACGACUACGAAAGUGGAUCGGUGCUCUACGAGCAGUGCUAUCGACCGGAUCAGAUGCCCCCGGUCAUGCCUCCGCCCAAUGGACAUCAUUUUUUCGGUCGUGGCGGUGAACCAACGGAAGAGUUCUACCGCCACAUGAACAUGGAAUUCUCCGAGGAUAUGUGCUUCGAGCCAGCCAGUCCACCAGCCCCCUGUCCGGAAACUCCGCUCAACAGUAAGUACAUGUCCGGGGGAGGGGCCGGAUCGCUCGACAGUCCAGUCAUAUCCCGCAAAAUAGGCGGCGGCAUGAACACGGCCUCCCGGGGACACCUGCCAAACAGCGCGUCCAGCAAUAGUAACAACUAUAGCAGCCAACACAGCACCGGUCAAAGUUCCGAAAGUGACAGCGACAACCGGUGGGCUCCGGCCCGAACAAAACGUAGCCGAAGUAGGUCCAAGAGUAGUGAUAGAAAAUACAAUCGGACGCUUAUCCGAUAAGGUCCGCUAAGCGCUAUACUGUAACUCUAGCUUAAGCUCUAUUAUACAUACAUACACAAGUAUAUAAACCAGUAAGUAAGUAGGCCACAAAUUUCAUCUUUCUUCAAACAAACAAGAAAAGUAACUAAAGCGACAGUACUAAACAACAAAUCCAACCGCAAAAUCUAUCUUUCUUCUUAGCAUCAUAACCUUUAAUCUUAAACAAAAACAAAAAAGAACACACAAACAAACAUACAAAUCUAUUGGAAUCAACUCUCACUCAACUACUCAUUUCAACCAAAUGCAUCAUAACCGAAACCAAUACGAAAAAAAAAUGCCAUUUUACGUUUCGCUGAAGUUGUUCUCGCGGUGCAAGAUGUGGUACGGAGAUUGAAGAAGAGGGAUCAUUUGACAGGCAAAUACGAGGCUUAUAGUUAAAGUAGAUUAUAUUGAUUUUAGUGGACGCACAAUAGAGAUAAGUUGUUAAUUUGCUUUAGGAUUUCUCUACUCUCUCCUCAUAAGUCCAUGAACUUUUCUAGUCUUUAUCAUGACGUUGUACAAAAUGAAAAAAAACUGCUUUUAUUUUGAUAAAUGAAAAAAAAUGUAUUUUUUUAUUGGAUGCUAGAAAUGUUGAGGAAUUUUGAAGGAUUCAUGAUCGAAGAAAGCUAAUAACAGGAUGAGAAUUUACAGGAUUCAAUAUGGUCGUAAUUUAACUGUUGAAGAGACUUCUUGAUGAAUAAGGUGUACAUUGAAACACCAUUUCUCUUAAAAAUUUCCUUGCUGAUCUACUUGUGUGAAUUGUGAACGGCUCUGUUAUUUGGAUCAUAUUAUGUCGGAUGGGUUUUUUCGAAAUUAAACAAUUUUCGAACAUGUCAAAAACAGGUCCUAGACAUUCCCGCCUUUUUCCAAACCAAACCUCUUGUGAGGUCGAUUGAUUAGGACGUAGCUUCUCAACAGAAGCAUGAGCCACUUGGAGAAUCUGCGGAAGUUCUGGAACAACCGUACCAGAAAACAUGAUCUAAAACAAAUCUUUGAGUUUCCGGAUUUCACUCAAAUCAUUUCAGAAUGAUCGAUCGGGAAAUGAUUGAUUUACAUUCCAAGUUGGCCUCUUUAGUAAAGAGCCUUUACUCGAAAUGAUCGAUGAUUAUUGCCCGUAUGUUUUGAACUUUUUUUCCAACUAUAUUUGUUUUGCACGUACACAACAAUCGUUCAAUCAAUAUCUGUUUCAAACAAAAUCGAAGUGGCAAAUCUAGUUAUAGGUUAUCUUUGAUCAACUCUUUUUCAAGCCUCCAAUUAGCUGUAUAGUUUGAAUCAUAAUAUAGCCCAUUGUUUUGUAAAUAUUAUAAAAUCAACAGCUUUCGGUCCUCUUCAAUCGAUCACAAUCUUCCAUUGGCGAGAGCACCACGUUUCGUAAAUUAUCCAACACGUAGUCAAACUGUAGCAGAUCAUCAGUCGAUAAAUAUAAAACAAAGUAAGACUCAGAAAAAAAAACAAACAAAAAAUGCUUAACCAAUGGUAUCGCAAAAGGUUCAUCAAAUGUACCGAAACGUCCGAUAGGCAGCAGAUGCAAGUAAUGCUAAUAGGAAACAAACAAAAAAGCCAUACAACCAAUAGCUGACUUGUGCCAUAAUACAUUGUGUAAUCUGCAGUAAUCUCGUACUAGUAGGAUGGAUGAAGAGAAGAAAAACAAUUCCAAUCAAACGCAAUAGAGAAGCGAUAAUAGAGAGCAGAGAAAAAAAACUAUUGAAACAAGAAAAUACAAACACGCAAACACUGACAGGUAAAGGAAAAGGCAGUGGAACAAAGAAAAGUGGUGCAGUUAAAUAGUUGUUUAUAGAUGAGAGACACUGAAAUCCCUAAAUUAAAAACAAAAAAAAAACAAACAAGGUGUAAAAAGAUGAUAACCAUAUUUAUUUUGCAAAUGCAAUAAGUUGAUUAUGCAUAUAAGCCAAAAGAAAAGUAAAAUAAUGUAAUCGUAAGAGAGCAAGAGAGAAAGUAUUGUGUUCUCAUUUGUCGCGUUUUGUUUCCUUUCAUUUUGUUAGAUACGAUAUCGAAAAGCGGUUCAGGUUGAGCUGAUACAUGAGUUCCAGGAUUUUGAUGUUUAUACCACAAGUGACAAAAUGCAAAGCGAUUAUGCAAGUGCGACAUGCAACAACAACAAAAAAUAAAGAGAUAACUUAAACCACAGUCGAAAUUUAGACACACAAAACAAAAUCAAAACAUAUGACACAAAUGACGCAAAAAUAUCAACUGUGAUAAAAUAACUAAAAUAAAAAAUAACAAAAAUCCAAACAAAUUGAGAAAAUAAACAUUAAAAAAAACAUACAAACUCGUCAGAUGGAUAGAAAUCCGAGAAAAACUAAUGAAGGCAGAAGCACACAUACAUUCACUGAAGAAAUACACAAAACAUAACCAUCUGCAUGAAGCAAAACAACAAAAACUCAGACAUGAAUUGGAAAACAAAAUGAAACGAGUUGUUUGUUGGUUCCGAAAACUCUAAACUCGCUUUGUGCAUGUUGUUUGUUUUCGAUAGGAAGACGGAAAAAAAACAAAAAUUGACAAGCUGAUGGUUAAAUUGCGAUCAUGUGUAGUAGGUUUAAAACGACAAAAAAAAACUUUGCAUUAUAAUUAAUUAAUUAAUUAAUUUAUUGCCUUAAACAGUAGCUAUUACGAUACACUAACAAGAGAGAAUCGGAGGACAAAAUAUAUGUAUUAAACGCAAUAAUCCAAGCAUAAUCAACUUAUUAAUUAAAGCAUACCGCAACAUUACGUAUAAGGAUAGAAUGAAAGAGAUAUGAAAACCAUGAGAAGACUUAUUUUACAUUAUUAUUAGUCGACAUCAUUAGCGAUAUUAAAAUAUUAGAUGAUAAACAACAAAACAAGAAAACAAAACAAUACAAAACAAGCAUAACACAAGAAAAAAUUCAAUUCUACUAUCCACUAAGAACAAAAAAAAAACAACCAAAAUCAACUAUUUAUAUAUACUCUCGCAGUAGUAGCAAAAUACAAAACGAAAGCCAUUUCCUUAUUACUCAACAAAACAACUCAUUGAACUUCAUCGCCGAACACUCACCAAUCAUCUCUUAACUCACGCAUACAACACUAGCUCACCCCCAUACAUGCAUAAAUAAAUUCAUAAAGGCGAAAACACGUAGCAGCCAUCUUUCUCUCUUACGAAAAAAAAUAUAUCAUACAAAACUAGCGCGUUCUAAAGUGUCAUUUAGCGGAACCAAGGUUAAUGAAAAGAUUACUAAAAAAAAAACACCCUACAUGCAAAACACAAAUCACGGUAAUCGAUGAUCAUCGCCAAGACGAACGGAACCAAAUAACAAAACAAUAAAUUUGCACACUUUUCUUAUUUCUCUGAAAAGAACAAUACACUGUUGAUGAUAUGAUGAGAGCAAAACAAAAACAUGCAAAAUUCACCAAAGAUAACCUAACUUUACUUGCUAUAUACGGAAACGUAGUUCGGAAUAAUGCCGUUUUUGUUUUUCGCAUUUCCGCUUUGGUCACAAAAAAGGUCAACCAAAGAACUUUUAGAAAGCAAAACUAAAAACGUAGAAAAAUCGUUUCGGAGAAUCUAAAACUUGUAAACGAAAAUAAACAUUAAAAACAAAAAACGUUGGCUGUACUUUUUUUAAGUUCUCGUUCCAAAUUCCAGCCGGAACAUUUCUAAGCAAUCCCGUAAAAGAAUUCAAGGAUAAACACACUCACACACAUUAUUAAAAAUCUUGAAAAUGCAAAAACAAAAAAGAAGAAAAUACACGCGCGUAUGUAUCUCGAAGCCAUAUUAUUCGCAUUUUUCGCUUAAAACGCUAUCUCUAUAAUAAAACAAAACAAAAAAAACGUAUAUACAUAGUAAACUCUUAAGCCAGUAAAACACACAAAAGGACGGAGGAAAGUGGUUGGAGCAAGAAUAAAAACAAGUUUAGAUAAGUAGAGAAACGGAAACAAAACAAAACAGCAACAACAAAAGAAAAAAAAUACUUGGGAGAAAACAGAAGAAAACUACAAAAAAUUAACACGCUAGAGAGUUUUUGGCCAUAUUUUACUUUUAAUUUUGUGUUUGAAAAAUUUUAGAAACUAGUUUUUAAAAACGGGAAUAAAAUAUUGAAAAAAGUGAAGAGAAAACCGGAGAAAAAAAGAAGGAAAAUAAAAAUGAGCAGGUUAGCAGUUUUCCAUUGAUAAA